AUGCCCUUGCUCGACAAAUUCAAGGGGCUCUUACUCGACAAGAAGCAGCAGCAGCAGCAGCAGCAACCGUCCACUCACGCCUCAGCUUCGUCAGCGGCAGCAGCACCGUCGUCGUCGUCGUCUGCCGCGAGCGCCGCUCCGAUCGUCAGCGCGCGUCAUCAGUCCCCACCAGCGUCAUCGGCCGCCAAGGCACACACGAACUUUGCUGCAGCCAACAACGCCGCCGCCGCCUCGGCCGCCACCACCUACGCCACCUCGACUAGUCCUACAUCAGCCUCGGCAUCCAAAGUAACGUCCAAGUCGAAAGCGACGACCGCCGCAUCACCGGCCACCGCAGCGACUACGGCCAGCAGCACUGCUCAGGCGACCAUGCAGUCGACCAUGACGCAGCAUGCCGAGGAGCUCGUCCGGAAGGACAACGCUAACAGGGCUAAGCGCGAGCACACCCAAUACGAAGGCCUACCGGAUGGUCUCGUCCUCGGCGUCAAGAUGGGCGACGGCGCCUUUUCGAACGUGUUCGUGGCGACACUGAGGCCGAACGCGGCCCAGCUCGCUAUCGACCCAACCCUCGGCAAGUCGGUCAAGGUCGCGGUCAAGUGCGUGCGCAAGUACGAACUCAACUCGUCUCAGGUAAGCGAACUUUUGAUUUCCUCCUUCCAUGUGAUGGGCACGAACUUUCAUUGUUGCUGCACCUCGUCGCUUGCUUCCUCGCUUGCUCGCUCUCCGCAUCCCCGACGUCAGGGGAAGGGGACCUCGGCCCGUGCGUGCACGUCAUCGCGGGUGGCCGCCUCGGCAACGGGCACGGUUCUGCUCGGCGACGACCUCGAGGAGCAGUCUCGUACUGUAGCCUGCUACUCGAGUGGUUCACUGCGAAUCGUCGCUAGUCGAUGUCGCAAACACGCAAAACUGAUCCCUGCUUCCCAUCGCAUUCACUCCUCCCCUCGUCUCGUCUCGUCUUUUCUUGUCGUCGCCCUUUUCCUUCCCCUCCCCUCCCUUCACAUCUUUCCCUGGACGGACUCUUCGCUUCGAUCUGCCUUCGCGUUUCGUCCCUCUGUGCUCUCUUCACAAUACUUGACUUAUGUCUUGCUCGCUCGAUCGUGUCCUUGCCCUUAACUCGGCCCCUCGUUUGCAGGGGUUGACGGGCAAGCACGUCGGCGAAGCAGUCAAGAAGAAGCCGAGGGCGACCGAGGUCCGUUGCACGCUCCUCUGCGAGCCUCUCCAACCUGAACCUGCCGCGAUCGAAGCGAUGAAUCUAACUCUCUGUAUCACCUCCUUUCCCCAUUGCACUCGAUUGCGCGCGCCAUCGCUCGCCUUCUCGCUCGUUUGCCCGUGUUUCUUUGGCCCACCCCUUUCCCUUCCCGAUCACAGCGCGCCAACAUUCUCAAAGAAGUCCAAAUCAUGCGGGGCCUCAACCACCCAAGCAUCGUUCGGUUACUCAACUUUACGGAAUCGCGGGAACACUAUUUCCUCACUCUGGAGUGAGUGACAUUUGCAUCGCCUUCGCUGCUCGCCCCCGAUCUUUGUUACUGACCGACGGUCUCGGCACUUCUCAUCCAAGACUCAUGGAGGGCGGAGAGUUGUUCCACCAGAUUGUUAAACUCACGUAUUUUUCGGAGGAGCUCUCACGGCAUGUAAUCCUGCAAGUCGCGCACGGCAUCCGGUAUCUGCACGAGGAGAAGGGUGUCGUCCAUCGGUUCGUUAUGACUCAUUCACAUCCCCGGGCUUGAACGCGAAGGAAACUCAUGUUCAUCGUUACUCUACCGUUCAUCUUGCUCAACAGUGAUAUCAAACCCGAAAACAUUCUCUUCGACGCGAUCCCAAUUAUUCCCUCGCGUGUUCCCAAGAACCGCCCCUACGACGAGGAAAAGGAAGACGAGGGCGAGUUCUUGCCUGGUAUCGGAGGUGGAGGCAUUGGGCGCGUCAAGAUCGCCGAUUUCGGUCUAUCUAAGAUCGUCUGGAAUGAGGAGACGAUGACACCAUGUGGGACGGUCGGCUACACCGCCCCUGAGAUCGUCAAGGACGAGCGGUAUUCGAAAUCUGUCGAUAUGUGGGCUUUGGGCUGCGUGCUCUACACGUUGUUGUGCGGCUUCCCUCCCUUCUACGACGAGAGCAUCAACGUUUUGACCGAAAAGGUGGCGAGAGGCUACUACACAUUCCUAUCGCCGUGGUGGGAUGACAUUUCUGCAUCAUGUACGUUCUUUCGCCGCUUUGGUGGUGCUUGCACAAUUUGCUGACGUUGUCUGCGUCGAUGCAUCAUUCCCUUACAGCCAAAGACCUGAUCACACACUUACUCGAUGUCGAUCCCGAGAAACGCUACACGAUCGACGAGUUCCUGGCACACCCGUGGUGCAAGGAGAAGUCCGCACCUUCCGUCAUCACGCCCAACUCGCUCGAGACCUUGGCUCCUGGGCUUAAACCCAUCCCCAAGUACCAACCGCUCGACUCGCCGCUGCUCGCCCCUGGUGGACGACGAGCUAUGCCUUCGCCCGGUGUCGCCUCGCUCAAGGAAGCGUUCGAUGUUACCUACGCUGUACACCGCAUGGAGGAGGAAGGGGCUCGGAGACGUGCGUACAAUGGACCAGGUGGCGCCGGUCGUGCCGGAUUUCUGCACGGUCUCAACGAAGAAGAGGACGAGGAUGAGGACAUUGAGACGACCAAAAGGCGAUACGGUGCCGAGGUCUCGAAAGCGAUCGAGGACAAACGAAGGGAGGUUCAGGAUCCGAAUCGCAAGAAGGAGGUGCCGAUCGCGCCACAGCAAUACCAAGGCUGGGGAGGUGCGGAUCGCAAGAUGGCCGAGGCGGCAUUGUACGAUGGGCGUGCUGGACCUCGCGACCGUGGCUCACGGGGACGCAAGGGAGGGUUUGAGCUGGCACUCGACAAGGCGACACUGCUCGGUAGGCGAAAGGGGCCGGUCCUCGACAACUUACCCGAGCCGAUGCGAGUUGACUAG